GUUUGUAUCUAGACUCCCCCUUUGUUCACAUUUAUUUCAAUCUAGUGAAGGAUGAGAUAUUAGUCCUAUUAUUUCGUCGCCUCAGCUGGUACAUCAGUGGUGUUGAAUUGCACGAUUCUGACGCUUCCUCUGGAAGUAUCUUUUAUUAUGCAACUCAAACUGUCUCGUAAACAUUUCUUCGCUUUUGUCACGAUUGUGGGAGCACUUCUGUUGGAUCAUGGUGCACUGGCCAAUUUCGCUCCCAGAUUUACCGCGGACAUGAACGGACAUUUGAUACCAGAAUCGACUCCGGUUCAUUCGUCUGUCUACAAACUCGAGGGAGAAGACCCAGAGAAUGAUCCUUUGCGAUUUGGAAUACUAAAUUCCAAUCUCUUCAGUGUGGAACCAAUCACAGGAGUUGUUAGAUUGUUGCGGAAACUCGACCGUGAAUCUCAAAUGGAUCUUCGUCUGAAUCUCACGCUGGUGGAUUCGGAGCCGUCCAAUCAGGUCGUUCAAAGUAUUGUUGCUUUCGUUUUGGACGAAAAUGACACUCCACCGAAAGUUUCGGGCCUACCUUACGAAUUAAGAGUACCGGAAGACACCAAGAGUGGAACCGUUCUCGCGCAAUUCACGGUUUUUGACGCGGAUUUGGUCAAUGAUGGACUAAGUGUUCGAUGCGAGCAGGAAACUGGAAGCUCUAGCUCCAAAAACGACAUGUUCCGUCUUGAUCCUGAUACCGGUAUCUUGGAAACCGCCAAAGAACUUGACCGAGAGAUUCUUGUGCCAUCCGGUCUCCUCAUACUUCCAGUGGCUGUGAUGGAUGAAUCUUUUCUUGGUGAAAUGGCAAAGGAACCAGCUUCGUUUCAGCUCUCUCAGACAACCAUGGCAAAGCGUAGUUUGAACGACGUCAAAAACGUCUGUUCACGGGUGUGCGCGUCCGGGCCAGUGUCGGUUAUUUCUCGGGUGCGCUGCGUCACUCAAGGCUAUGAGACCAAGUGGAGGGGUUUCCCUGAUUUGCAUCAAUUAAUGGGCAAUCGAAACGAUGCCUCGUCUUUUAAGAAUGGUGGGAAAAAGAUGCUUUUUAAAAUUCCUGUGUGGCGUUCCUCUAUUAGCAAGCGUUUGCAAGAUUCCGUCCGUCCGACAAGUGCCUUGUUACCGAGUAGUACUCCGUCGUAUUCUGGUGGAAGUGGAAGAUUCAAGUUUGACCCUCUGUCUGAACUUUCCCGCGUGAAAACUAAUUGA